UUGUAAGCCAAUCUCCGUCCGUCUUCUGCCUCCGGUGCUGCGCUUGAGGUCUCAAACAGCGAUAACCGGAGGGCGAACGCCAGAAGAUUUGAAUCUGUGUUUUCUUUAAUGGCCGCUUCUAAUGGAAGCGAGUACUUUGAAUUGGAGAUCAAUGCGACCGAUCAGUCGUUUUCGAGACCGUCCAAUGCCGAAUUAGUGGCAAGGGAUGCGCAGGAGCUUUUAUGGGCGGCGAUUGAGAGGUUGCCGUCUCAGAAACAGUCGAACUUCGCAUUGUUAACGCGUAAUGCGUCGGAGAUCUCUGCCUCCGAAAGCGACGACGGGUUUAAGAGAACGGAAACCAUCGACGUACGGAAGCUCAAUAAGAGCAAACGCGAACUCGUUGUCAAGAAGGCAUUGGCAACAGAGGAUCAAGAUAAUUUCAACUUGCUUUCUGGAAUUAAAGAACGCCUCGAUAGGGCUGGAGUUGCGAUUCCGAAGGUUGAAAUUAGAUUUCAGAACCUGAAAGUGGGCGCGGAUGUGCAAGUCGGUUCCAGAUCUCUGCCCACUUUAAUAAAUUAUACAUACGACGUGAUUGAGAGUAUUCUAUCGAGUUUGAGAAUUACGAAAAGCAAAAGACAUCCAUUAACAAUUUUGAACGACGUCACUGGCAUAGUAAAACCAGGAAGGAUGACAUUGCUCUUGGGGCCUCCGGGUUCUGGAAGAUCCACCUUGCUAAAAGCCCUUGCCGGCAAACUUGAUAGGAAUUUAAAGAAAACUGGUAACAUUACUUAUAAUGGACAUCAGCUUGAUGAGUUCUGUGUUCAAAGAACCUCUGCAUACAUUAGUCAAUCAGAUAAUCACCUAGCAGAAUUGACUGUACGAGAAACUUUGGACUUUGCAGCUAGAUGCCAAGGUGCAAGCGAAGGCUUUGCAGAAUAUAUAAAAGAGCUGUCUCACUUGGAGAAAGAGAGGAAAAUACGGCCUAGUCCGGACAUUGAUGCAUUCAUGAAGGCGUCAUCUGUUAGUGGUAAAAAGCAUAGUAUUUUAACAGACUACAUUUUAAAAGUGCUCGGUCUCGACGUAUGCUCAGAGACACUGGUUGGCAAUGACAUGGUCAGGGGUGUCUCUGGUGGGCAAAGAAAAAGAGUCACUUCAGGGGAAAUGAUUGUUGGGCCAAGAAAAACGCUUCUUAUGGAUGAGAUAUCUACAGGACUUGAUAGCUCAACAACUUUUCAAAUUGUCAAAUGUUUGAGAAACUUUGUUCAUCAAAUGGAGGCUACAGUCUUGAUGGCUCUGUUACAACCUGCUCCCGAGACAUUUGAACUGUUUGAUGAUCUUAUAUUAUUAUCGGAUGGUUAUCUCGUGUAUCAAGGCCCUCGAGAAGAGGUGUUAGGCCUUUUCGAGUCAUUGGGUUUUAAGUUACCACCUCGUAAGGGAGUUGCUGAUUUUCUACAAGAGGUCACGUCUAAAAAGGAUCAAGCCCAAUAUUGGGCUGAUUCUUCUCGGCCAUAUACAUAUAUUUCUGUUCCCGAAUUUGCUCAAGCAUUCAAAACUUCCAAAAUUGGGAAGUCUUUGGAGUCCAAUCUUAAUCCUCCAUUUGAUAAAUCAUUAAGUCAUCCUUCAGCUUUGGCUAAAACAAAAUUUGCUGUGUCAAGUAGUGAACUCGUUAAAGCUUGCUUUUUCCGAGAAAUUCUUUUGAUGAAGAGGCAUAGUUUUCUGUAUAUCUUUAGAACAUGUCAGGUUGCAUUCGUUGGAUUUGUUACAUGCACAAUGUUUUUAAGAACAAGAUUGCACCCGACAGAUGAAAUAAAUGGCAGCCUCUAUCUGUCUUGCCUAUUUUUUGGAUUAGUGCAUAUGAUGUUUAAUGGAUUUUCUGAGUUACCUCUUAUGAUAUCUCGACUACCCGUCUUUUACAAGCAAAGAGAUAACUUGUUUCACCCUUCUUGGACGUGGUCUAUGAGUAGCUGGGUUUUGCGUGUGCCUUAUUCAGUACUUGAAGCCGUCGUGUGGUCUUGUGUUGUUUAUUAUACGGUUGGGUUUGCCCCUAGUGCUGGAAGGUUUUUCCGCUUCAUGUUCCUACUCUUUUCAGUUCAUCAAAUGGCUAUAGGUCUUUUCCGUCUGAUGGCUGCUAUAGCUAGAGAUAUGGUAGUUGCCAAUACAUUUGGUUCAGCAGCCUUGUUAGUUAUAUUUUUACUCGGUGGAUUUAUCAUACCAAAAGAUAUGAUUAAGCCCUGGUGGUCUUGGGCUUUUUGGGUGUCCCCACUGACUUAUGGGCAACGUGCUCUUUCUGUCAACGAGUUUACUGCCACUAGGUGGAUGGAGAAAUCUAGAACUGGAAAUGGAACCGUUGGAGACAAUGUUCUCCAUGCAUAUAGCAUGCCUAGUAGUGAUUCCUGGUACUGGCUGGGUGUUGGUGUGCUGUUGGUUUAUGCAAUUUUUUUCAAUAGUUUGGUGACUCUGGCUUUAGCUCACCUCCACCCGCUAAGAAAAGCCCAGACUGUAAUCCUAGCUGAUACCAAUGAAGCUGAUUCUACUGCAAACAAUCGGGUUGAACAAGUUCCGAAUUCAAGUCAAACAUCUCCUCAUGCUGACAGGAAAGGGAAAAAGGGAAUGAUUCUGCCAUUCCAACCAUUAACAAUGACUUUUCACAAUGUUAAUUAUUUUGUGGAUACUCCCAAGGAAAUGAGGCAGCAAGGAAUACCCGAAAAGAAAUUGCAACUCUUAUCAAAUGUGAGCGGUGUAUUUUCACCGGGGGUUCUUACAGCAUUAGUUGGGUCAAGCGGAGCAGGAAAAACUACAUUGAUGGAUGUUCUUGCCGGUAGAAAAACGGGUGGAUACAUUGAAGGUGAAAUUAAGAUAUCAGGCUUUCCAAAAGAGCAACGCACUUUUGCUAGAAUAUCAGGGUACGUAGAGCAAAAUGAUAUACACUCCCCUCAAGUAACAGUUGAGGAAAGUCUUCAAUUUUCAUCCUCUUUACGUCUUCCUAAAGAAAUCAGCCAGAAGAAACGAAAGGAGUUUGUUGAAGAAGUUAUGAGUUUAGUGGAGCUUGAUACUCUUAGGCAUGCAUUGGUCGGUAUGCCAGGUAGUACUGGUUUAUCGACGGAGCAGAGAAAACGCCUAACAAUUGCAGUGGAGCUUGUUGCAAAUCCUUCCAUCAUCUUCAUGGACGAACCUACUUCUGGACUUGAUGCUCGGGCUGCAGCCAUUGUAAUGCGAACCGUUCGUAAUACAGUCGAUACAGGAAGAACUGUCGUUUGUACAAUUCAUCAACCCAGCAUCGACAUAUUUGAAGCAUUCGAUGAGUUACUUCUAAUGAAACGAGGAGGACGAGUUAUAUAUGGGGGAAAGUUGGGAACACAUUCGCAAAUAAUGAUAGACUAUUUUGAGGGAAUUGGUGGAAUAUCUCCAAUACCAGAGUCUUACAAUCCAGCUACUUGGAUGCUUGAGGUCACGACACCCGCUGCUGAGCAGAGAAUUGGCAGAGAUUUUGCCGACAUAUAUAGAAACUCCGACCAAUACAGGAACGUGGAAACUUCCAUCAAGCAAUUUAGUGUUCCCCAAGAUGGCGAAGAGCCACUUAAGUUCAAUUCCACCUACUCCCAAACCACAUUAUCCCAAUUCCUCAUUUGCCUUUGGAAGCAAAGACUUGUUUAUUGGAGGAGUCCCCAAUACAAUGUCAUGAGAUUAUGUUUCACCGCCAUAAGUGCACUAAUCUUUGGUUCUGCUUUCUGGGAUAUCGGUAUGAAAAGGAAUUCAACUCAACAACUGCUUGUUGUAAUGGGAGCGUUGUACUCCGCAUGCCUGUUCCUUGGAGUUAAUAACGCUUCUUCUGUACAACCAAUCGUUUCAAUUGAGAGAACCGUAUUCUACCGUGAGAAAGCUGCAGGAAUGUAUUCUCCAAUUGCAUACGCAUUUGCACAGGGUUUAGUGGAGGUUCCAUACAUUUUCACGCAGACCAUAUUGUUUGGUGUCAUCACAUAUUUCAUGGUUAAUUUUGAAAGAAAUGCGGGGAAGUUCUUUCUCUAUCUGCUCUUCAUGUUCUUGACCUUCACGUAUUUCACCUUUUAUGGUAUGAUGGCGGUGGGGUUGACUCCUUCGCAGCAAAUGGCGGCGGUUGUCUCUUCUGCAUUCUACUCUCUCUGGAAUCUUCUCUCCGGCUUUCUCGUUCCAAAACCAAACAUUCCGGGAUGGUGGAUUUGGUUCUACUACAUCUCACCGGUGGCGUGGACAUUGAGGGGUAUUAUAACCUCACAGCUUGGUGACGUGGAAACCAUAAUAGUGGGACCAGGUUUCAAGGGGUCUGUGAAGGAAUACUUGGAAUCAAGUUUGGGGUAUGGGCCUGGUAUGGUCGGAGUUUCGGUUGCGGUGCUCAUUGCCUUCAUCCUCGUUUUCUUUUCCGUCUUUGCUCUCUCCGUCAAAGUCAUCAAUUUUCAGAGGAGAUAAGAUAGGAAACCCAUUUACAUAUAUAUAUAUAUAUAUUCAGGGGAGUUCAGAUAGGAAAGCCAUUUAUAUAUAGAUAUCUAUAUAUAUGUCCGUAUUUUCAGAGGAGAUAAGAUAGGAAAGCCAUUUUUAUAUAUAUAUAUAUAUAUAUAUUUUCAGCGGCUAUAAGAUAGGGAAGCCAUAUAUAUAAUAUAUAUAUAUAUAUGUGCGCUUUCAAAUUGAGAUCACUGUAUUUCCAUUUAUUUAUAUAUAUAAAAUUAUAUUUAAUUUA